GUAUCUUUGAUGGAAAGUCACAAGGUGAAAAUGCUUUACUUGUAUUCUAAUGUUGAUUUUAAUAAUACCAUGUUGUCAAGUAAACACCCAUGACAGUCUUAAUAUACAUGUAACAUAAAGUAACAUUUAUUUCUGCAUAUUUUAAUAAGAUAAGAAUCCUUUAUUCCUCCCAUGGCAGUGAAAUUCACAGGAUUACAGUGGCAAAGGUUAAAGUGCAAACAUAGACAUAGUACAAGAAACAAGUUGAAAAACUAUUAUCACAAAUAAGUAGUGAUAAACAUUUAAAAUAUUCCACAAUAACAGAAAAUAUUACACAUACAGAUAGAACUAGUAUAGUUGUUUUUGCACAUAGUGGUUAUAUUGCACAGGUUUGAGGUGUUUUAUGGUGUUCAUUGCACUAUAUUGUGCAGUAUCUCAUGUUACUGAGUCCAUCUUUAUUGAUGUGUAAAUUGUAAUCGAGUACAGUCAUGUGAUCCGCUGUACUACGAUGUACGUUUAAAAAGUCAGUCGGCGCUUCUCCACAGUCUUUAACAUGAGGUUCACUUGUUUUGGAAUUUGAUUCGCCAAGGAGGCUGCGCACGCCCCGCCCCCGGGCCCGGAGCCCCUACCGAUUGGCCGCUGCUGUCGCCCGUCUCGGGGACAUCGGGGGAGGCACGAGUUGGCCCAUAAGCCUGCGCUGGCGAGUCGUCACUGUCGGACACGUAGUGGGAACGAGCAGGUCCCGAUGCGCAAGUCACGGCAACCCUCGGCGGAGAUGAAGGCGGACUCCGACUGGCUCUGAUUUUUAAAAGCCCUUUUCAUUCAGGACGUUGGUUGCCAACGGUUAUCGAUAUGGCAGGGCCGUUAACCCAAGCACCCACCGCUGCAAAAAUGGCGUCACUUAACCGGGUCCGAGCUUUGGCGAUGCUUUUCUUAACUGUCACCGGCUGUUGUGUCACCCCGACAAGUGGCAAGGAAGGGUCUGAGGAGACCGUCAUCAUAGGGCUGCGACUGGAGGAGACGGACGACAUUUCCUUCAUGGAUAAGGGCUACCUGCGGGUGAGUGAGCGCUCUCGGGUGAAAUUGAGGGUGUACGGGCACAACAUCAACAACGAGACCUGGUCCAAAAUUUCUUUCACGGAACACGAGCGCAGUCGGACGCUGGGGAUCCUUGACAGCUCCUCGGGGGAUAACCAGAGCCAAGAGGACCCGUCCGGCUCGCAUCCCUGUGGCAUUAGGACCUCGGAUAUAAUCAUAUUGCCUAACAUCAUCGUGAGUCGAAAGACCUCCGGGGUGGUUGAGAUCGAGGUCAAGCCGCUGCGGAAGACCGAGAGGAGUAAAGAGUAUUAUCUGUGCAUCGCCACCGCGACCGCCACGGCGGCCGUGCCCGGGAUGUACGACCCGUGGACGGAGAACACCUGGAUCUACCACGACGGAGACGACACCAAAGUGAUAGUGGUGGAGGAGAAAAAGUUUCUGCUGCCCUUCUGGCUCCAGGUCAUCUUCAUCUCCAUGUUGCUGUGCCUGUCGGGCAUGUUCAGCGGGUUGAACCUGGGGCUCAUGGCCCUGGACCCCAUGGAGCUCCAGAUAGUUCAGAACUGCGGCACGGAAAAGGAGAAGAAUUACGCCAAAAAAAUCGAGCCGGUCAGGAGCCAAGGGAAUUACUUGCUUUGCUCGCUUCUGCUCGGGAACGUGCUGGUGAACACCACGCUGACCAUCCUGCUGGAUGAUAUCGCCGGUUCGGGGCUGAUCGCCGUGGUCAUGUCCACCAUUGGAAUAGUCAUUUUUGGAGAAAUCGUGCCACAGGCCAUCUGCUCCAGGCACGGCCUCGCUGUGGGCGCCAACACCAUAUUCCUCACCAAGUUCUUCAUGCUGCUCACCUUCCCCGCCUCCUACCCGGUGAGCAAGCUGCUCGACUACCUUCUGGGACAGGAGAUAGGGACCGUGUACAAUCGGGAGAAGCUCCUGGAGAUGCUGCGCGUCACAGACCCUUACAACGACCUGGUGAAGGAGGAGCUGAACAUCAUCCAGGGCGCGCUGGAGCUCAGGACUAAGACCGUGGAGGACGUCAUGACACCUCUGAGAGAUUGCUUCAUGAUCCCCGGGGACGGUACCCUGGACUUUAACACCAUGUCCGAGAUCAUGAAGAGCGGCUAUACGCGCAUCCCCGUCUUCGAGGGCGAGAGGUCCAACAUAGUGGACCUGCUCUUCGUCAAGGACCUGGCGUUUGUGGACCCGGACGAUUGCACACCUCUCAAAACCAUCACAAAGUUUUACAGCCACCCCUUACAUUUUGUGUUCAAUGACACCAAGUUGGACGCGAUGCUGGAGGAGUUUAAAAAAGGAAAAUCCCACCUGGCCAUAGUUCAGAGGGUGAACAAUGAGGGCGAGGGAGACCCUUUCUACGAGGUUCUGGGUAUUGUCACCCUGGAGGACAUUAUUGAAGAAAUCAUCAAGUCAGAGAUCCUGGACGAGACUGACUUGUACACUGACAACAAGACCAAGAAGAAAAUCACCCAUCGGGAAAGGAAGCAGGAUUUUUCGGCUUUCAAGCCUACCGACAAUGAAAUGAAGGUUAAAAUAUCCCCUCAGCUUCUGCUGGCUACCCUGCGUUUCCUAGCAACAGAGGUUGAUCCGUUCGCACCGGUGCAAAUGUCGGAAAAGAUCCUGCUGCGUUUGCUGAAGCACCCGCUCGUCAUCCAGGAGCUGAAAUACGACGAUAAGAACAAGCGGGCGGCAGAGCACUACCUCUUCCACCGGAACAAGCCCGUGGAUUAUUUCAUCCUCAUCCUGCAGGGGAAAGUGGAGGUGGAGGCAGGAAAAGAGGGCAUGAAGUUUGAAGCGGGUCCGUUCUCCUUCUAUGGGAUGAUGGCUCUGACAGCAUCACCAGUGCCUCUGUCCCUGUCUCGCACAUUUGUGGUCAGUAGGGCUGAAUCAUUAGCAGGAUCUCCAGAAAAUAAGUCUCCUCCACGGCCAUUUGGACUCAACCAUUCGGACUCUCUGAACAGGAGUGAUCGUAUAGACGCCAUCACCCCGACUCUCGGCAGCAGCAACAACCAGCUCAACUCCUUCCUGCAGAUCUACGUCCCGGACUACUCAGUCAGAGCUCGCACAGACCUGCAGUAUAUAAAGGUAACGCGUCAACAGUACCAGAAUGCCGUAAUGGCGUCACGCAUGGACAAAACACCCCAAUCAACAGACAGUGAGUUCACGAAGAUCGAGCUCACACUGACGGAGCUCCACGCCGGAGUGGAGACCCCCGCCGUGGUGGUCGUCGCCACCACGCCCAGCGCCGCUAUCACCACCGCGGCAAUGUCCGUAUCCGUGGCCAACGAGACGUCCCACCUGCUCAACCAGCAGCAGAACUGUGUGGGCCUCAGCAGGAGCAACCACAGCGCCCAUAAUGAGGGACCCAUCUAGCCACCGCCAAGCCCGGUGGAGAACCACCCUGUCUCAUGGACACACACACACACACGAAGCGGUGGCGUAGACGGAGAUGAGGGAAAGUGGGGUAGCGGGGGCGGGUGCAGUGACGGUUCUGCUCCAACCGGUAGCCUCCGACCAGUCAGUGAGACCUUUUUGUUGAGGCAGUGAGGAAGACGUGUGCCGCGUCACCCUCGACGCCCCCACCCGAAGAAUUCCUGCUGCACUACACUCUCUUACAGAGGGUGCACUUGGACCGUGCCUGUGACUGAGCUUCUAUUUUUUGGGACAAUCCGACACUUUCGUAGUGGUGACUUGGACUAGAGGACAUCGGAGCGCAUGCAAACCCUCUUUCUUUCACGCACACACACACACACACUGUAUUUUCUCCUAAGGCCAAAGACUUUGGUCCCCUCUUCUUACACUGGACGCAGACGUUUUUUCUGCCCACACACACACACGCACAUCCAUAUUCAAAGAUUCACAUACUCACACGCACACACAAAUGAAACUCCCCCCACCCGUGCAUCUUUCAGGGAAGCUCAGUCGAAUGUUGAUCCCAUCAACGAGGACUCAAACCUGAACAAGCAGAACGGUUGGUCAAAGACUGCACCAAAAACCGCUUUGGAAGAAACCGUUAAACCACGAACCAAGAAUGUUUUCCUGUAUUUAUUUAUUUUAUAAUAUUGUAUGUAUAUAUGUACGUGUGGAGACAUGAUAUGACAAACUGGCAUACGAGCAUGUACACAAAGGUGUGCGUGGGGCACGCGUGUCACAUCAUAAAAGGAUUUGCUACAUAUGGAGACAAACAUCCAUGUAUAUGAGGAGGUGAGGGUCUUUCACAGAUACAGUAUGUAUAUUACAGAACUUAUUUUUACUAUUAUCCUAAAUCAGACUCAUGGUACACUAUUUUUUUCACCUUAAAAAAAUCACACUAUUGCCUUUAAGAGAAAUCAUAUAAUUAAUUAUUUUAACAGAGUGCAAUGAAGAGCAAUUUAUUUAAGAGAUGAUUAUGAAUUAAAAAAAAAAUCACUGUAAUAUAAAUUGACAGAUAUGUUUCUAUGUAUGUACUGUAUGUAUAUGUACAUUUGUUUUUUGAAUAAUGCUCAACUGCAGCCAUCCACAAGCAAAAUUGUCCUUAGUCGGUCGCUCUUUCUCUUUGUCUCUCUCAUGUUUUCGCGUCCUUUGACCUCAAACACAACGUCUAUGUGUCCUUGUGGGAGUAUUGUUGCCUAGACUUUAAGUGCCAUAGUUUAAAUGUGUCUUUUUUUGCCAAUUCUACGCAUAGUCAAACUUGAUAAUUGCACAGUAUUAAUGACCUCAUCUAACAUGUUGAGCAUCAUCAACGUCACAAAAAGUAACCUCGACAUUAAACAUGUCCAUGAAUGAUACACAGCUAUGCUUAUCCACUGUUCAUGUGUCAACUUGUUUUUAUUUUUUAUUUUUAUUUUGAUUGUGUCCACAAAACUUUGGCUGACGGUCCUUAAACACAAUUUUUGUUUUAAGUAGUGAAUGUAAAAGAUACUUGACUUUAUUUGUUUUGGCUGCCCACACUUUUAAGAUUUGAAUCCAUGUUUAAUAGUUCUUGAGUUACUUCAGUUCAAAAUCAAAAGAUAUUCUGCACAAAUGCUGCUAUUAAAGAUAUAUAGAUCUAUAUCUAUAUACCUAUAUUUAUAGGAUUUUAUCUUAGAAACAUUGUACCUUAUUUGUUUGAACAAAUGGGAGAGACACAACUCGUGUUCCAGCAGAGAGUUGGACGAGGCGAGGAGAGGAGAUGGUCUCAAUCUCAUCUAACUCUCGGCAAGAAAGUGAAUUAGUGUAAAUGUUGGGUAUUCCUAUAUAUUAUAUAUCUUUAUGUAUGAGUAUUCUUUUGCAUUAGUACCUUCUUCACCCUUAUUGUUUUACCUCAUAAAGACAGGAAUGAGUUUAAGAUUUGUCUGCUUUAAAUAUUCCCUAAAUAAGUCAUAGCAUAGAAUAACAGUACUCUGUAGGGACAUUGAUUUUUUUUUAUAACUCUUUAACUCAAAUGACUUUAAUCCCACUUCCAGGCCUGUUCAUUAACAUUACAUGUACUGUAUACGGGCAGUUUUCUUGCCACAUUACAGGCAACAGCAAUGUCCUAAAGCUCAAUUCAUUUGAUAUUCAUUUGCAGUUUGUAACCACUGGUGGUCACUGUGUUAACACAUGUAAUCCAAUGUGUGUGCAACACCCCUGAAACCGCACACAUGCUCAAACAGCCCUUCCUCUGCUCAGCCGGGAGGGGCGUCGUGGUUGAAGAACCAGACGUAGAGUACGUCUGCAUUGUUUUCCAGCAGCUUUCGCUGUUGUUUAUUGUUUACUUGAAAGAGCUCCUACGCAGCAGACCCACUCCUGCUUUGCAUCACUCCAGCAACGAAUGAUGACUGAGAUUGUAAGAUUGUGCUUGGAACAUUCCUACUCUGCUUUACGGACUUAGUGCCUGACAGGAACAUGCAUGAGGAAGAAGCAUUAUGACAAUUCAAAAGUCCAAAUGCACAACAGGAAACACCGGGGGAAGCACACACAAGCAUAUUCUCUAUUUUCUCACACGCUCCAACCUCUGCUGCACACAAGCUUAUCCUCCUCCCAUUAUGUCAAUGCUUUGCAGGCCUUUGUUUGACUGGUCUUUGCUCCAUCCCAAUGCUGCUACUGUACCCAUGUGCUGUCCAUAAUGCUUCUUCUACCUGACAACAUUCCCUUUGCCUCCUGCAGCUGGUGGUUUAAUAAAAAAGUGAAUGAUUAACAGACAGUUGGUGGCUCAAUGUACUCAAUCUAAUGAUCUGCUGCGGCUUUUAUAUGCCUUAUCAAUACAAACAGCCAAUUGCUUAAUAGGAGUUGUCCAAAUCACGUAACGGUGACUUCACCUAACUAUAGAGGACGAGCUAUGACUAAGAAAACAAUCCCCCAGCCUGAUAUUGAAAAGAUGCAGCUUUUUUAUAAAAAAGACUCUUAUAUUCAGAUUUUUUUCUGAAACAUCCACCACAUGCCGAGUUAUGAAUUCAUAAUGCCAAUAAUUGAUAGUGGAAUUGUGACCGAAUGCUGAGGCAAUUCUUUUUUAAACCGUUGAUGGUUUGAAUAUGUGCUUUAAGUUAAUUCUCAGGUGGACUGUUGUUCAAAAGGUCUGUGCAUGAACCAUUUAAGACUUUCUCAAUGUUUGGUUCAGAAUGUCAAUGUAAAGCGUCUUUGGUGGAGGCUGUUCUGACGGCGAAAAACAGGUGUUAAUUUAGACAGCCCUACAAAUAAAAAUAAAAUACUAAAAACAGUGGUCGUUGGUGGAGAAUGAAAAAGUGCGAGUACGAGAUCUGUUCCUAUUUUUACACAAGCGGAGGCUGUUUCUUUUUAAAACAUUCACGAAGCCAGUUUACAAUACUUUUUUUUUAUUGUGUAGUUUUAUAUG